CCUUUAUUUUCUUCUCUUUCUUCCAUUCCUGUUUUUUUCCCUUCCCUCCCGGAGUUGCGCCAGCACGGCUAUAUAUCGUUUGGAAAGCACCGAGUCUACAAAACGUAGCGACCAUCAACAGACAGCCAUGGGUGAAGAAAACGGCACGCGGGGUCGCUAUUCUGGCGACGUCGAGUCCAAGGCUGUCGAUAAUGGGCAGGCGCUGGACAUCGACAUUGGCCAGGCGAGGACGCUUUCCGCAGAUGGCACACCAAACCUGCUCGCGAAACACAACCAACUCGAGCGAGGGCUGAAGAGCAGACACAUUCAGUUCAUAGCACUGGGUGGAGCAAUCGGAACCGGCUUGUUCGUUGGAAGUGGAAGAAUUCUCCAGCUUGUCGGCCCCGCGCCGCUCUUUAUGGGCUAUUUGUCCAUGAUGGUCUUGGUUUGGAAUAUUAUGAACAUUUUGGGAGAAAUGUCUACCUUUCUUCCUCUGAAAGGAAUUUCGAUACCAUACUUUGUCGAGCGCUUCGUUGAGCCUUCGCUGGCCUUUGCGACUGGUUGGAAUUACUGGUAUGCGUACGCUAUGCUUGUGGGCGCCGAGGCCGUGGCAGGCGCGAUCCUCCUCGAUUACUGGAAUACUCCCGUUCCUACGGCAGUCUGGAUUACAAUAAUUCUCAUCGUCACGCUGGCACUAAACAUCUUUGCCGUGGGAAUCUUUGGCGAAGCUGAGUUUUGGUUUGCCAGUAUCAAGUUCAUCAGCAUCAUGGGCUUGAUUCUUACUUCGCUCGUCAUCAUGCUCGGUGGCGCACCCAACAACGACCGGAUAGGCUUCAAAUACUGGUACGACCCCGGCGCCAUCAAGCCUUAUCUCGUUGAAGGAGACGCCGGCAACUUCCUCGCCUACUGGGCAGCCUUUAUUCGCGCCGGUUUCGCCUUCAUCACCUCGCCCGAGCUGAUCGCCCUUGCUGCCGGCGAGACCAUGGCGCCCCGUCGGAACAUCCCCAAGGCGGCUAGCCGUUUCAUCUGGCGUCUCGCCAUCUUCUACGGCCUCGGAUCGCUGAUGGUCGGUGUCAUCGUCCCGAGCAACGACGACCGCCUGCUCAGCCCCAAGUCGAACGCCACCUCUUCCCCGUGGGUCAUUGGAAUCCAGCGUGCGGGCAUCGUGGGUCUCAACCACGUAGUCAACGCUGCCAUCCUUACCAGCGCUUGGUCGGCUGGAAAUGCCUUCCUGUACUCGGGCUCGCGAGUGAUGUACAGCUUGGCAUUGAACGGACAGGCCCCGGCCAUCUUCAAGAGGACCAGCAAGAACGGCGUGCCCUACGCUGCCGUGCUGGCUACUUGGUCCGUUGGACUAUUGUCAUACUUGAAUGUAUCGAACAGCUCCGCAAAGGUGUUUGAUUGGUUCCAGGCUAUUUGCACCAUUUCCGGUUACAUCGCCUGGAUCGUGGUUACGAUAACCUACAUUCGAUUCUACGCGGCUCUGAAGUUCAGGGGCCUGCUCCACACUUUGCCGUACAAGACAAAGUUCCAACCUUACGCGACAUACUUUACCCUUUUCAUGCUCAUCCUCCUGACCCUCACCAGCGGUUUCGACAUCUUCCCAACCUCAAAGUGGAACGUCGAGAGCUUUGUCGCAGCCUAUGUCACACUCCCAAUCUUUUUGGUCCUGUACCUCGGGCACAAGAUUUGGCACCGGACUCCGUUGGCUCGCAAGGUCGAAGACAUUGAUGUUACGAGUGGAGUCAAGGAGAUGGAGGCGCUGGCUGCAAACGACGAGGAGCCCGUGCCCAAGAACUUGCUGCAAAAGAUUUGGUUCUGGAUUGCAUAAGUUGAAUUGGGGAGGGUGAGGUCCAUUAUAAACAAAAGACAGGCAAUAACACGAAUCUGUCCAUUCCAUUUCUUAUGUCGUCGAUCCCUACUUUUUUGGGGAAAAAGAAAGCGCCCCACGAUGACAGAACUGUUAACGCCGGAUCAGCGAACUGCACGGAGGUUUCUCUUGUUCUUAUUUCAGGACCCAGGUCCGUGCCUCGGCAUCACCGUAAUGCUUGCUCGGCUCGGUUUUCCUGUCCAUCCACUAAUUAGUGGCCAAAAGAAAGGCCCACAGGGCACAGAUAGAUAGGUAGAUAAAUAGGUGGUAGCUACCUACCUAGAUAGGCAUACGAAUACUACAGUAAACGAGGGAACGACAGGUUGCAUGACUCUUGUAUAAGCCAUAGAGUGACUAGGAAAUUAAGCUCAAAAGCUAGGGCCAACUAAUAGACUACGUGGUAGCAACAAUAGAGAGAGAGAGAGAGAGAGAAAUAAGC